AUGCGUCUUUUCGGUGCGACCCUCGCUUCGGCUGCUCUAGCUGUUGCUCUACCCUCUGUGUCACGAACCAUCUCUUCUACUCCUUCCAGCACCCCGUCUGGGGCCACCGAGCCCUGUGCGGUAGUCGGCCGUCUCCUCGAGAGCAGUGAUACGGGGUUCAUCCCCGCUGAGUCCGCGUACAAGUGUCUGAAGUCCGUCCCCGUAGCCAUCAAGGACGAUGAGGAGCUCAUUGACGAGCUGAAGCUCCUCUGGGGGUGGCAUUCGGAGACGGGUUGGCUGAAGAACCCUCCCUCGACCUGGGAGUUGGGCCCACUGGACCUCAUCGGCGAGCUUGACAAGAUCAAGAACAGCCUCGGCUCCUACGACAGCGAAUAUGACGUGCAGAUGGCCAUCUACCGGCUGACCGUCCGGACCGGCAACUACCACUUCAACUACUGGCCCGACAUCCUGCAGGUCUUCGGCUUCCAGCGCCUGGUAGGAGUGGCUACCGUUUCCGAGGACGGGACCAGCGUGCCCAAGACCUACGUUUCCCAGGAUCUCAUCGCCCAGGAAGAUGACAACGACAUCGAUAUUUCCCCGAUCAAGUCCAUUAAUGGUCAAGAUGUCCAGAAGUAUCUACAGUGGGUGGCGGACGAAUCCCAGUACAUCAAUGCCGACGCGCGGUACAACCAGGCCACAUACAAAGGUCGGAAUUCGCAGAAUACGUUCACCGUGCAGGAGUCGUACCAGGACGCAUUCACGAACCUCACGUUUGCCAACGGCACCACGCGCCAUCUGAUCAAUGUGGCGGCGACAGAUCAGAAUUUCACCGGGAUCGCCAGCGGCAAGGACUUCUUCCAGUCGUUCUGCACGGGCGACAUCAGCAGUUACGAGGUCUAUUCGGAGUCCAUGAAGAAGGGUGACAAUGGGUAUAAAAAGACUGCUCCGCGCCGCCGCUGGACAAAGAGACAGGUCAUCCCCAGCAACGACUACCCCGAACCCAUCGUGGAGCACAGCGAGGGCGCAGUGGCCGGCUACUUUCUGACAGAAUCUGGUCUCACGGACGUUGCUGUCCUGAAGAUCAUCACCUUUGACCCUGAAGAGAGCACCUACAAGGAGUUCCAAAGCGUCAUUCGCCGGUUUUUGGAGAAGUGCACUCGGGCUAACAAGAAGAAACUCAUCAUUGAUCUGCGCGAGAAUGGCGGAGGUGAAACGGCCCUUCUCCUGGACGCCUUCAUGCAGCUCUUCCCGGAUAAGGAGCCCUUCAGCGCUCAGAGAUACCGUGCUCAGGAGCAAUUUAAACUAAUCGGGGAGGCUGUCGACGCCAUUUGGACCAACAAGACCGCUCUGAAGUGGGUGGAGGACGAGACCUCGCUGUUCAUCUCCUCGGGAGCAAGCCUGAGAUAUUGGUCAUACUGGAACUUCGUCAAUGCAAACGACAAGACAUUCGCUUCGUGGGACUCCUUUUACGGGCCUCAUGAAUACAACGACGACGAGUUCUCAUCCAUUGUGAGAUAUAACCUAUCCAACAGCAACCCCAACAGCAUCCUACCAGCCAACUUCACCUUCACCGAAUCCUCCAGCAAGAAGGCGUCCUUUGCCGCAGAUGACAUUAUCAUGUUCACUGACGGGCUUUGCGGAUCCUCCUGUGCCUCGUUCCACGAAGAGCUGAAGAACAUCGCCGGCAUCAAAGCGGUUACCGUGGGUGGCCGAGCUCGAUCCGGCCCCAUGCAGACCAUCGGCGGCACCAAGGGCGGCGAAGUCAUCCCGCUGUCCUCCGUCUCGGACGACAUCCCCGAGCUGCUCAAUGCCACUGUUCAGCUGGGGAUAGCGGACCUCGACCAAUCUUCCAUCCACCGCCUCAUCGACACCGAGCAGGUCUUCCUCCGGGUAGGGGAUUCGGGCAGCCGUGUCCAGGUCCAGGAUCAGAUCCGCAAGGGCGACUCGUCCGAGACCCCCCUUCAGUAUAUCUACGAGGCUGCCGAUUGCCGCAUCUGGUACACGGCCAAGACGCUGUUCUACCCCGAGCAGGCGUGGGCUGCGGCGUGGAAUGCGCACACAAAUCACACCAAGUGCGUUGAAAACUCAACGGAUCAAUCGUCCAGCCUGAGCGGUGGGUAUAAGGCCUACGGAUCGGGAUCUCUCAAGGGUGAGAUGGACCAGGGGGAGGACGGUAAUGACUCGGACUCGGCUGGCAAGACCAAUGCUGCGACAACUUGGAGACCCAGUCUUGUUUAUGUUUCGGGUCUGGCUGUCCUGAUGGGACUCAUGCUGUAA